GUUGGAUAUUUUUUUAGGAAUAGUUUAUUGAAAGUAUAUCUUAGAUCUACCAAAAGUAUAUAGAAAAUUGUGGAUCAGACAAGAUGGCGGGAUGUCAUAUAAUCCGAAUCGUGACAAUCACAUUAGUAUUAGUAUUAUCGACUCAAGCUGUAACUCAUUUUAAUCAAAUGUGGAAAAAAUUAUUAACAAGCCGUAAAUUUACAACAAUUACACCAGACAAUUUACAAAAAUAUUUUCCAGGAUAUUUUCGAACACCAUCAGAACAAUUAGAAUAUGAAAGACUGAUCUUAUAUGGGUCAAAAAAUAAAAUACCAGUGUCAACACAAAGUAUGGCACCUUAUAAUUACCAUUGUAAUGUAGACUGUCGGCGUAGAUAUGGACCAUUUCAUAACAUGAGAUUUAAACGACAAGCCAGAACAGGUUCAGGAAAUAACGAUGAUUUUAUGCACGCAUGUUGUGUAACAAAUGUUUUCUUCGAAACACCAGAUCUAAAACCCAGUGUGAACGGUGAUAAUAGAAAUUUACUCCAUCUACCUGGAAUGAGACAGGUUUUCAAAGUAGAAAAUUGCAGUCAAGCUGUUGGGUGUACCGGUUGCAGAUGUAUGCAUGAACAGGCUUUAGCUUCAGCAGUGGUUAUUAAACAGCACAUUCCACCUUCUUUAGCAGAUCAAAUGGACGAUUUGGAAAUUGACUUAUUUUAUUUUAAUGGUUGUUGCAAAUGCGUCAACUACGGUUAAGGGAUAUUUGAUGUGAUGCCAUUUUAACGUUUUUUGGUUGUUCGACUUCACUCAACUUGUUCUUAAAACAAUGUGUAAAUAAUUUAACAUUUUGAACAGUAUUCAUCCAACAAAAAUUUCAUAGAAGAAAUAAUUAUGGAUAUCACCUAUCAAUGAAGUAGCACAAUUUAUUAAUUUUCAAAGCUACAUUGUAUAAAUAUGAAGUCGUGGAUUUGAUUUCUGCCCAAAAGAGAAACUACUUCAUUCUUAAUAACUUUAUUUGGUAAAUCAAUUUGAUAAGUUUGUGAGUGCGUUUUACUUUUUCAUUGAAAAUCCUUCGUGGUAAAAAAUACCACAAUGCUUAAAACAAUCAUUUUGAAAAGUCAUGUGGACUUGCGUUUUAUUUAACAUAAUCUAAAUUUCAUGAACAAAUUAUUUAUGGAAAUCUAAGUAUAUAAAUAAAACUUAAAUCUCUUA